AUGCCUUCUCACAAGUCCAUUUCUCUUUUGGCUACGAGCAUGCUGGCUUCCGUUGCAGCCGCAGCCUCUAGGAUUUGUGCCAGCAACACUCCACUCUCAUGCCACAACACUACCGCCGUCGACGACACUUGCUGCUUCAUCCCAUCUGGUCAGCUGCUUCAGACUCAAUUCUGGGAUACCGACCCCUCCACCGGCCCUGCUGAUUCCUGGACCAUCCAUGGGCUCUGGCCGGACAAUUGCGAUGGUUCAUUUCCCCAGACGUGCGAUGCCAGCCGGGCAUAUUCCAACAUCACUGACAUUUUGACUGCCAUGGGUGCCGAUGACACCCUCCACUACAUGCAGACCUACUGGAAGGACUACCAAGGCAAUGACGAAUCUUUCUGGGAGCACGAAUGGGGGAAACAUGGCACUUGUAUCACCACGCUGGAUCCCGGCUGCUACGAUGACUACGUCCCCACCGAGGAAGCUGCCGAUUUCUUCUCCAGGACCGUGUCGUUGUUCAAGACGCUGCCUACCUACCAGUGGCUGGCUGAUGCCGGCAUCACCCCUGACGGCUCAAAAUCUUAUGCCCUGGAGGACAUCCAGUCAGCGCUCUCCCAGCAGCACGGCGCAGACGUGACCCUGGGCUGCGAGGGCAAGACGUUGAACCAGGUCUGGUAUCACUUCAACGUCAAGGGCUCUUUGCAGGAUGGCCAGUUUGUCGCCUCAGCACCGGACGGCGCCAAAAGCACCUGUCCCGACUCCGUCUAUUACGACCCCAAGAAUGGGGGUGGCGAUGGCGAUGGCGACCGUAUCCUCCACGGCUGA